CUUCUCUGUAUAUCCAGUCCUUGUUUCUGCACCUCAAAAAUUAAUUAUUUGUUUUUCUGUCAACCAAAAGUCAAAACUGCGUCAAAAUACUGUGGAAGAUUUUUUUUUGUAGAAAUUGAAAAUAUAUUAUUGUUAUUAAUUAUUAUUUAAAAAUUUAGUUUAAACUAUUUUAACAAUAAUUGCAAUGGCCCCGGUUUCCGAAGCUAGUGAUAGCCCUAAAAGCAAAAAACCCUCUGAUAGUGCAUUUAAACAACAAAAGCUUCCAGCAUGGCAGCCAAUACUUACAGCAGGAACAGUGUUACCAACAUUUUUUGUUAUAGGAAUUGCUUUUAUACCUGUUGGUAUUGGACUACUUUACUUUUCAGAUGAAGUGAAGGAGCACAUCAUAGAUUAUACAAAUUGUAAUCGAACAGUUAAUGCCUCGGGUACUUCCUGGCAAGAAACUGACCAAAGAUGCAUAGAUUAUUUGAAAGCUAACAAGGAUAAGGAGGUUGAAUCAUGUUAUUGCAGAAUUAAAUUUUCACUCAAGGAACACUUUGAAGGAAGUGUCUCCAUGUAUUAUGGUCUAAGCAAUUUCUAUCAGAAUCAUAGGCGUUAUGUAAAAUCCAGGGAUGAUAACCAACUUUUGGGAAUUUUAGGAGUGGACCCUGCACAUGAAUGUAUGCCUUUUGACUAUGCUACAGAAAAUAAUACUAGGAAACCGAUAGCACCAUGUGGGGCCAUUGCUAAUUCCAUGUUUAAUGAUGUCCUUUCUAUGUCUAUGUGGGUGAAUACAGAGGGUUGGCUAAAUGCGACUUUACUCAACACAGGAAUAGCAUGGGACUCUGAUAAAAAUAUAAAAUUCCGCAAUCCUCCUGGUGAUUUGAAGCAAGCUUUUGCAAAUUAUGCCAAACCGAAAGCCUGGAAAAAACCUAUAUGGCAACUGGAUGAACACAAUCCUGAUAAUAAUGGCUUCCAAAAUGAAGAUUUAAUUGUUUGGAUGAGAACAGCUGCUUUACCUUCUUUUAGAAAACUUUACAGGAGGAUUGAUCAUACCAAAUUAUAUUUUACUGAUGGUUUGCAAAAAGGAGAUUAUUUGCUAACUGUUGAAUAUAAUUAUGAUGUCAGUACUUUUGAAGGAUCUAAGCAAAUGAUUUUAAGCACAACCUCUAUACUUGGUGGUAAAAAUCCAUUUUUGGGAGUUGCAUAUAUCGUUGUAGGAGUAAUAUGCUUAGUCCUAGGCAUUGUUUUACUUUUAAUUCAUAUUAAAUGUGGGAGAAGUACCAGUGAAAUGAUCAAUGUUAACCCAAGAACACCCUACCAAUAGAAUUAAGUACCUAAUCAAUAUAUUUUUUUUUGCAAAAUAUAUGAAAAUCAACCUGGCUUACACCAGUUUUAAAAUUUGCUAUCUAAAAAUAAGUUAACUUUGAAAUUUAAGUUGAAAUUUUUUACUUUUUAUUGUAUAAAAGAUGCAGGAUUAAUUUUUAUUGCAUGACUAGAAUCGCAUUUAUAGUGCUACUUUUUUUUUCUUUUUAUAUUUAUUUGUUAGUAUUAUUAUGUUUUUAAGGCCUUUCUAAAAAUCUUUAAUCAAGUUUCAAUACAUUUUUACAAAUUAAAUGAUAGUCUAAGUCACGAAGUACAUAUUGCUUUAAUAAUUUUACAUACUUGUGAUAUACAGUAACAAAUAAAACUACCAUAUUAUUACGAAGUAAGCAAAGGGUUUAUACAUGCGUCAGAUGUGCCAGACAAAAUUUUUAGUUUUGGUCCAUUCUGUCUUUCGUCUGACAGUAGUUUUAUUUAUUACUUGUAAGUUUUUGUGAUAUAGAUUUGUCAUAGUCGCCACUAUUAGGCAAAUUAAUCCGCGUGACUAGCUAGAGUGCUCAGUUACAAUUUAUUAUUAUUUUUUAAAUACUAAUUGAGCUUUGGGCACUUAGGGUCCUUAUUUGAAAAUGUUUUUAUGUUAUGUUAGUUACUACUUUUUAUUGUUGAACUAAACACAGUUAUAGUAGAUUUCUUUAUUCAAAAUUUCAGAUUGUAUUGAUAUAGGUUUUUCACAUUCAGUAAACUUUUGCAAUAAAGUUUAUUUUUCCUAGUCGCUACUGUUAGGCAAACAACUCUGUAACUUAACUCUGUAUUGCCAACUUGAUAACAUUUUACAUAUACAUAGUUCGAGACAUAGUUCUACCUCAAAACAGAAUUGCAUAUCUAUCCCAGUAUUUUAUUGUCCGUGAUUUGAAAGGGUGAGUUCCCCAGUACCAAAAGUUCGAUUGCCAACCCAGUAUAGUUGGUGUGUAGUAGCUAAAGUGAAAGUAGGGGUCCAAACGUUAAAUUCACCUAUAUUUUAUGUGUAAAUUGACGUAUAUGAGAAUUUAAGCACUAAUCAUAAAUGUAUGUUCAAUUAUUAUAUUAGUUUUUUACUCUUUUCCUUUAUAUUUGAUUGAUUUUACUCUUAUUAGGUAAAAAUUCUUAUUAACUUCUAACCCAAACUUUACUUUACACAUGAUUAUGAUUGUUAUUUACAUGGUAUUUUGUGACGUUGGCAAUCAAGGGUUAAAUAAAGCUAAGGUACAAUCUUUUUUUUUUGAGGAACUGUUAUUGAGCUUUACACCUACUAAUUUAAUUUUAUAAUAAUUGUAAUAUUUAAGAAUAUUUGUAUAUUUUGAUAUAGUUUCAAGAUUCUUUGUUAAGCCUACUUUAUAAAAAUUAAUAA